AAAACGUGUGUUUGCGGCUGAAUGCUGGUCGGACUGCGGCCGGACAGAUGAGCGCGGCUCCCGCAGAAGAUGUGGUCCGACGGUGGGAGAGCGAGCAGCAGCGUCUCCGGCUGCAGCUGCUGGACCACGACACCGAGUCCUGGCAGCAGAACCCGGACUUCAGCGGCCUGCAGCGGGUCGGCGGCGUCGACCUGUCCUUCAUCAAAGGGGACGACGUGAACGCCUGCGCCCAGCUGGUGGUGCUGAGUUUCCCCGACAUGGAGCUGCUGUACGAGGACAGCCGGAUGGUGACCCUGACGGCGCCGUACGUGGCCGGCUUCCUGGCCUUCAGAGAGACGCCGUUCCUCCUGGAGGCUCUGCAGCGUCUGCAGGAGAACCAGCCGGAGCUUCUGCCUCAGGUGGUGCUCGUGGACGGGAACGGCCUCUUCCACGACAGAGAGUUCGGGCUGGCGUGUCACCUGGGCGUUCUGUCGGGGCUUCCCUGUGUGGGCGUGGCCAAGAACCUGCUGCAGGUGCAGGGCGUGAACAAGAGCCAGGAGCACCAAUCACAGAUCGCUGCUCUGCAGAAAGGAGGAGACAGCUUCCCGCUCACCGCCGCCUCGGGCAAAGUGCUCGGAAAGGCGCUGCGGAGCUCCGACAAGAGCGUGAAGCCGGUGUACGUGUCGGUGGGCCACAAGAUCAGCCUGGACACCGCCGUCCGCCUCACGCACGCCUGCUGCCGGUACCGAGUCCCGGAGCCCAUCAGACAGGCCGACUGUCGCUCCAGAGAAUACCUUCGCCAACACUUCCCGGCUGCAGAUGCGUGAACAAAGGAAACGAGGUUCCAGAUGAAGCAACAAAACCAAAGACCAGCAGCUCCAGAAGAUCCUCAGAAAGUCCAUCUGUGUGUGAA